UAUAAAUCAUUUCUACUUUUCGUAUAUAUACAAAAUUUACAUUAUUUUAAGGUUACCACAAUGCAAAAUAUACGGGCCGCAAGUGAAAUAACAUUUGGGACCAACCUAAAUGAACAGGCUAUUCACGUUAUAGAGUUUCUUAAAACUGUAAAUGAUAUACCAGAAUUGAAUAAGUCAUCGACAUUGAAACGAGCAGUAUAUAGAUAUGAAAAAUACUGGCUUCCCCUUGCAGCAGAGUACCCAAACGAAUUCUUAGCUCCGCCCCUUGAUGUGGAAUGGGCGUGGCAUUGUCAUAUGUUAAACCCAAACGCAUACGAAAGAGAUUGCAGAGAAAUAGUUGGUUCAACAGUCAAGCAUACAAUGUUAGGAGCGAGACGGUUCUAUAAGGAGCAAAGGAAGUCGCAGAGAUACUGGCUGGAAAAAAUUGGAAAGUACCAGGAACCUUUCACAAUUGACUACAGAGAACCGUUUGACACGGUUGCUAUAGAUACAUAUCACUCUAAAAUUACAUAUGAUAUUCUAGCAGCCUCUAAAAGGCAAAUGGACCUCUAUUAUCAAGUUUCAUUGCCACAUUACAAAAACAGGAAAUACCUUAACACUAGUCAUCUAAGAUACAAACAAUUCUUAUACGCGAAAGCAAAAUUACCAAAUGCUUUUCUAGAACCAAGUUAUGACAUAGAUUUGUUUUGGCAUGCACAUCAGCUUAAUCCAGUGAUAUACAAAGAAGAUGUGACGAGGAUCGUUGGUUACUUUUUAAACCAUGGUGCAUCAAUUGACCACAGAACUGAGGAAGACAGAUUAAAUGCUGACAAGCAGUCACGUGAUACAUGGUUGAGCCUUUACAAUGAGACAAUGCCUAUCUUUGGAGCUAUGUAUCGUGGUAGUCAACCGGCCGGACUUCUAUACAAAACUGAAAAAACAGAAUACUGUCAGUCAUUCAUGCAGCGCACGAAAUUAGUUUUUGACAAUGUAACUAUCUCCAUGCCUCGCAUCAGAAGGGCGGUAACCUUAUCGUUGUGGAGUUUAGCUGACAAAACGCGCGCUGAACACGUGUUUUCUUUGGAAUAUCAAACUAUAUCAAGACUACAAAAUACAACAAUGAAAUGGAAAAAUGUCGGCCAAUAUGUCUUCGAAACAUCGACUGAUUGCAAAAUGUUGAUAAUGCUAGAAGCACCAGUUGGUCUUGGUUUGAAAACAGUCAUGGCAUCAAACGUUGUGAACCUCUUACCUUGGUUAGAAAAUUCUAGAAACCUAGGCAAUGAUAGGCACAUUGACGUUCCCGUUUCGUUAGGUCACAACAUUCGACUAGAUUUGACCAUAUCUAUAAAGCAGCUAGGGUUCGAUCAAGCUAUGUUGACCCUUGAACCGGGUAAAUACAGACCAUCAAGUAUUCCUCGACACCACAAGCAGUUUUUAGGACCUAUUGGGCUGCAGCAAUAUCCUCGUGGGAGUGAUAAUUAUUGCGAGGUUGCGUCACACAGAUUGAGAAACCAUCUCGGGAAUGAUGUAUUUCAUGUCAGGAGUAUACAUAGUCGACCCUUGAUGAUGUCAGUAAUUCAAGUGUUUUAUCAAAACAAGAUGUCAGCCAUUGCUCAUAUUAUCGGUUCGGAUCACCUACCACUUCCUUCGCAAGUGGACAAAGAUGAAAUCACACUGAACCCAUUGCAAGGAGAAAGGGCGAUACUUCUGAAGAACAACGGUGGCGACUGGGUAUUGUAGCAGGACGAUGGGGCGGGGAUCAACAAGAAAUUGCCAUUUGCGACGACAAUCAUGGAGCACUGUUCCUUAGGUUCUUCAAGUUUUCUACUUGCAAAACAACGACUUUCCAAGUGAAAAGAAAGAUAGGAAAUGAUUAUACUUGUGACAUAGAGUCAGCUGAAAUUAAUUUUAAUAAAGGUACUAUAAACAUAAAAUCAGAGGGCAAUGAAAUGUCGGAAAAUAUAGCACUUGCAUUUUCGAUUUCGCUUCUUUAUGUAUUGUGUGUUCCCAUGAUGAAAAGAAAGUACGAUUAUCGUGAAAUAAAAACGGAAUUUAUCCUACCUACAAUUGGACCCACAAUUGGACCCAAAGCAAAAAGGACACACAUUCCCUUUGCAGACACGUCUUUUGUCAAUGCCGCCGGUUUUCUACAGAAAACACCAUCCAACGACUAUAUGCAUGCUUUCAAAAGAACUCGUAUUUGCCAAAUGUGCUCAUGGGGUUGCCAUCUAGAGUUCGACGAAACUGAAUACAGAAAAGUACAAGAUGGGAACAAAGAAAUUGACAGAAAAUCCUCAAUGUGGAGAAGAUCAUAUGCAGGUCAGCGAAGUACAAUGAUGCUUUGCUGAAUAGACUUUAUCGUAUAUAAAUAUCAUUAAUUCUGCUGGUAGCAUUAAGCUGGAAUUUAUUUCAGUCCAUGUGUUAUAUAUACACAUUGUUUAUAAACAUAGAUACGUAUGAUAUCCAUAUUCAUUCAUUCAUUCAUUCAUUCAUUCAUUCAUUCAUUCAUUCAUUCAUUCAUUCAUUCAUUCAUUCAUUCAUUCAUUCAUUCAUUCAUUCAUUCAUUCAUUCAUUCAUUCAUUCAUUCAUCCAUCCAUUCAUUCAUUCAUUCAUUCAUUCAUUCUUUCUUUCAUUCAUUUAAAGAACUAUGAUAAACAAAAAUAGCAGGCAUGAUAAUUAUAUGUCCGCUCUUAGGAUACAUACGAACACAACAGAACGUGGUCAAUAUCACGAGAUCCACAUCAUAUGGCAUAGUCAUUUCGAAAGAUCGGUUCACCAGUUAAUCUGGAAAGUCACCGUGUGACCUUCAUAAUGCCGGUUUGACUAAAAAAAUACAUCAACAGCAGUAGUAGCAGCAACAACAACAAAACAACAACAACAAAAACAACAAUUAACAACAUUGUAAAUAUUAUCAUUACAUUAUGUUUUAUUUAUCAUCUCUUACAGUUCAGUAUUUACCAAACAAGUAUUUCAUAUUUAUAAUACAUAUAAUAUGUGCACAUUUAUAUAUAUGUAUGAAUUUUAAACAUGUUCACUAGCUUAUUCUAUAUCUACUUUGAAAUGAAAAUAUACUUGUGUAUUUAAAGAACAAUAUACAUGUACAACUUUUUUAUUGUAGUAAAACAAUUGUUAUAAGAUUUGAUGUAUGAAUACAUAUUUUUUAAAGAUUUUUUGCUAUUCCGGGUUUCCAACGUUUUUUUUCUGUGCAAUAUCUAAUAAAUCAUAAUUAAAUAAA